CGGCCUCUCCUGCAGGAUGACCCAGAGCAAUUUGGGUUUCUGGCUCUUCCCCCAGCUGCUGCUCAAUACCUGGGCUGAGGCUGUUGCAUGCCAGCCUCUAUUUAUAUGGCCCCCACACCGGGAUGGGCCGCGACAGACCUUCACUGAGCGGGACCAGAGCAGCACAGGACCUGCCCAGGUAACCCCAGGGUUGGGGCUGCAGCGUUCACAAGGUGCAGCUCCUCUGGCUGGGUCAGGCACAUCUGGAGGGAGGUAUAGAAAGGCUCGGACACAGCUGGCUCAAGGACAUCCAAACACUGCUAAGGCAGGAGCUUGCUCUGAGGAGGAGGUGGGCUCUGCUCUGAAGGUCCCCAGCCCACCGCGCUGCUGCAGGGAAAGAGGCAGAACGGUGUCAUGCUCGGGGGGAGCACAGCAAGGCUCCACCAAAAACACUUCCUUGGUGCUUCUUAGUCACACUGAGGACAAAAGCUCAUGUGUAAGAGGGCCAGAAGGAAACAGCCAGGGAGUGCUGAGCAGGAUGGGCAGUUGGGGUCUGAGGGAGAUGCAGGGGCCAGGUAGGACAGAGAGCUUUGAAACCGGCACCUGCCACGAGUGCACCCACCCGAGGAGCACUGGCUGCAAUGGGCUCCCAUGGGCAGCAGCCAGCAGGGAAGUGCAGGGCCUCGCACCUGAGAUCCGAAGACCACCCAACACCAGUGAAAAGCCCCUAACGCUACGUGCUCAGGAGAGCUGUCCGAUGGCUGAGACUAACAGCUCCCAGGGUGCAGGUCCGACCCAGACGCCACCAGUCCCUGCGCGCUCCCCAGGACCCAGCCUUCACCCCAGGGCAGCACAUGGGACACUUUGUCUCUUCCUUCCCCCAGAGCCGAGCUCCAGCGAGGAUGUGGCUGUGGCUGGCGGUGCUGGCGGGGCUGUUGUGGCUGCGGCGCUGGCACCGGGAGCGGCAGACGGUGCCCGGCCUCUCGGAGAAGUUUGUGCUGAUCACGGGCUGCGACUCGGUCGGCAACCUGCUGGCACGGCAGCUGGACGCGCGGGGGCUGCGGGUGCUGGCGGGCUGCCUGACGGAGCCGGGGGCCGCCAGGCUGCGGGCGGCCACCUCGCAGCGCCUGCAGACCGUCCUCCUGGACGUCACCUCCAGCCACAGCAUUGCUGCCGCCACCGCCUGGGUCCGGGAGCGUGUGGGUGACCGAGGGCUCUGGGGGCUGGUGAACAACGCCGGGAUCGCUAUCCCCACUGCCCCUAAUGAGUGGCUGAGCAAGGACGACUUUGUCAAGGUGCUGGACGUCAACCUGGUCGGCCUCAUCGAGGUGACGCUGAGCCUCCUGCCCCUGGUGCGCAGAGCCCGGGGCCGGGUGGUCAACGUGGCGAGCGUGAUGGGCCGGAUCGCCUUCUUCGGUGGGGGGUACUGCCCCUCCAAGUACGGCGUGGAGGCCUUCUCCGACACCCUCAGGCGUGAGAUGCGCCCCUUCGGGGUGCAGAUCUCCAUCAUUGAACCCGGCGGCUUCCAGACGGGGAUGACUGACCCCAGGGUGCUGGUGAAGGCCUUGGAGCGCCUCUGGGAGAGGCUCCCAGUGGAGACCCAGGCAGUCUACGGCCCCUGCUACUUGGAGACCUGUGAGUACCCCCCCCCUCCCCAGCCCUCACACCCCCGGGGCUGUGCUGCUGACCCCCGUUUGUCCCCCCCCAGAUGCCCGGCGCACGGCCCUGCUGCACCCCUGAGCAGCUCCCGCCUGUCCAUCGUCACCGGCUGCAUGGAGCACGCGCUGCUCGCCCGCUGCCCCCGCAGCCGCUACACGGCCGGCUGGGACGCCCGGCUCGCCUUCCUGCCGCUCAGCUACUGCCCGGCCUGGCUCUCUGACACCAUCAUCACUUUUUUCCUGCCCAGCCUGGCUGGGGGGAUACCUGCAUGCCCCUGAGAUGUGUGUCUCUGUCCCUGUUACGCUGCUCAAUAAAGCUGGUGUGAAGGGGGCUUCCCGUGGCGAGCUUCAUCCUCAGAGGGACCUGGAAGCUGCUGGGACACGGUCCUGGGCCAUCCGCUCCGCUCGAGGCACACCCAAGCCCUUGUCCAGAGCAGCUGCAAGCAUCGGAGCCGCGGCCGUGGAGACAGCUCUGCUCCGACAGCCCUGCAGGGGUCCCACAGCAUCCCCUCGGGCAGCAGCAGCCUUCCUCGGCGCUUCCCACCUCCCCAGACACCAGGCCUCAAUGACACCUCGCACAGCUUGGCGUGUGGGGUGCGGACAUGGGUCCCUUGGCCACCAGCCACGGCCUGCAGGGAGGACAACCCCAGUGCAGCCUCCCUCCAGGCUUUUAUUUGGUUUUGGGGGGUAUUUAGGGCCAAACACUUACCCGCAUGCCAGAUCCACAGGCUCCGGAGCUGCCACAUGCUUCUGUAGUGCUCUGGGUGCCUUUAUCCUUAGCUCACUACCUCCCUCAGCUGCUGAGAGCUGGUUGGGAGCACCCAGGCAGCUUUUUGCCCUUAACACAGGGGGAGAAAUCCCCAGCCGCCAGCUCCCAGCUUCAUCUGAGCAGUCAGGGACUGGCCCCGUGCAGGCCCCGUGCAAAGCCCCCAGCGGCACGGCCCCACUGUCUGCAGGCUCCCCUGGCACCAGGUGGAUGUUGCUGGGUUUCGGCACAUCAGCUGCGUGGGCAGCAACUCACAUCCUUCAUAACCCUAAUUAAGGGCUGAUUAGCGAUGAUCAGCUGGGAGACAAGCCCCUUAGAUUGUGCACUUGCUUGCGGGGUAAGAGCAGCGUUAACAGCAGCCUGGCUCCCACCCACCCAAGUCCCACAGUGCUUCUCCCUCGUGUGCAAGAGCGGGACAGCACCGGGGCGAGAAGCCCGGGCAGGGAGCACUUGUGGCCCCCAUGCACGCUGUGCCACAGCCCCAUGGCAGCAGCCAGCAAAACUUUCAGGUUUUUUUUUGCUGGGCAUGGCAGGCGGGUACAGCAUCCCCAGCAGCCUGCAUGGCACCACGUCCCUGCGUGUCCCCGGGGGGGUGUAGAGCGCAGCGGCGAUGCUGGGCAGCACUGGGAGAAUGGCUGGUCCCAGAGCAGCCCUGCCUGCUGCCGGCAACCAUGAAGUACAAAUCCCAUGGGAAUUUUGGGCCCAGAUUCAGCUCCAUGGGGUAAAAGCUCCAGCGGGGCUUCAAGUCUCUCCGGUGCCGGUGCCCCAGGGACACCCCCCCUGAGCUGAGCUCCCCCAGCUGCCCCUCCCGUCCUGCCCCGAGCCCUGGAGCGGUGCCUUUCCGGAGAGGAAGCAGCCUCUUAUCCCAUUUAUCUCCAAACAAAUGGAAGAAGCGGGCCCCUGGAGGGGGGGGGGGGGCCCUUGGGCUCACUGGAGACGGUCACGUUUGGGUGCCGGUGGCCUUGGAGCAUCCCAGCAGAGACUGGGAGAAGGAGCCGAGCUGCCUGCCCCAGCUCCUGUCCCGCUCCCAGCGGCACGGCUGGCUUGGAAAUGCCACCAGCUCCUGCAGCUGGAAGUCCUGGCUGGGAUCGGGUAGCCCCAAAACGCCCCCAGGAAAGCCUUAGGUCCCUCAGGUUGCUCUUGAUCCAACCGCUGCAGGGUCACCUUCGUCACUCGGUCCUUCCUGCUGCAUCUACCAACGCUUUUGCUCUCCACAGACAGGUCUGGUCCUUCCCUA